GGGCGGGGCUUGUCCGCCAUGAACGGGGCGGCGGAGCCCGAGGGCUCCGGGUACAAACGGCGGGUCCGGGGCCUCAAACGGCGCCUGAAGCUGCUGCUCUACGAGCAGGAAUGUUUCCAGGAGGAGCUCAGGAGGGCCCAGCGCAAACUCCUCAAGGUCUCUCGGGACAAAAGUUUCCUCCUGGAUCGGCUCCUCCAGUACGAGAACGUCGAUGACGACUCCUCAGACUCGGAGGCGACGGCGUCGUCCGACAACAGUGACGGGGACGGAGCCAAAGGGGCGGAGCCUCCAACCGCAAAGAGGUGGGCGGGGCUCCAAGAUGGCCGACGGGGGUGGGGAGGCACCAAGAUGGCCGACAGAGGGUGGGGAGACAUCAAGAUGGAUGAUGGAGGGGGUGGGGGUGCUAAAAUGGCUGCCAAGGGGUUUGGGGGUAAAACCAAGAUGGCUGCUAGGAAGGGGUGA